AGGGAGAUCGUAAAGAUGGCGACGAAAGAGACACCGCAGCCCCGCAGCAUCUCUGCGUGUUUGGCCGUUUUUCUCGGUUUAUUGAACAUAUUAAAUACGGGAAAUUGCGAUGAGCAGGUGCCACUUAUUAUGUGGACAAGUGAGGGGGUCUCCGUACCGAGUCAGUCUCCCCCUACAGCGGGGCACAUCGUGGGGCAGCAGCAGCUGGCCUCCUACCUGGAGAAAGCUCUGAGUGUGGGCCCAAGAAAUGUUGUGCUGUUCCUUCAGGAUAAGAUGAGCAUAGAGGACUUCACUAUGUAUGGAGGGGCUUUUGGAAACAAGCAAGACAGUGUUUUCCCGAACCUGGAGGGGGCUCUGAGGUCCUCGUCCUCCCCUCUGGUGUUACCUGCUGUGUCCUGGCCUGCCUCCAAUGCAGUGAUUGGCCAGUUGCAGGACCAAUUGGACACCUCUCCUCUGUACAUGGAUCCUGAGACACUGAGUCAGCUGAGACUCAACGCCUCCUCGCCCGCCCUGCUGGUGUUCAGGCUGCCGUACGGCUUUGGGGCUGAUCUGAUGUCUGCCAAAGAUGUUCUCAGUGGAAACGAUGAGAUGAUUGGCCAGGUGUUGAGCACCAUGAAGACCCAGUCUGUCCCGUACACAGCCAUCUACACAGCCCUGCAGCCCUCCAGGGAGGCUGCGUCUCUCUCCAUGGAAGCGGGCGUUGGUGGAGGGCGCUCUCUCCUGCAGGCCAGAGGCGGAUGGCGCAAGAGGGAGAGAGAGGAGAGGCCGCGCAAGAUCAAGGAAAAGGAAGUGAUCUACGGUCCAGUGGAGUUUAAGGAGGGGGAUGACACUUGUAUCAUGCUGUGGGCCACAGGCCUGUCAGUGAGCAUCCUUCGGAGCGGGCGCUGGGAAGAGCACGACCUCACCCCCUCCACCUUUGGAGAGGGAGUCAGCCCAAAACUCGGCGGCUCAACCUGCGACAAAUCCAAAGCGAGGUUGGUUCUUAAUUAUGAGAAAGUUCUGGGCCACAGCAGCUUCAAACUCAUCUUUGCUAUGAGCCAGCGUCACUACAAGGUGUCCGCGCGCCGCUGGUUCACAUUAGACGCCGUGGAGCUGGAGUACGACGGCACCAAAGCCACAUUUAACGGGAGCAGACAUGUUUACGCCCCGGCUGAGUACUCGUACCGCUGCGGCUCCGUCACCAACUUCCGCUGGCCCGUGCUCAUCCCACGCACAUCUAAAGAUCCAGCCAAUCAGUGGAGGGUCUCUUUUGCAGACUUCCAGAUCCAGGGCUUCAACGUGACUGGAAGUGACUUCUCGUACGCCAGUGACUGCGCAGGCUUCUUCUCUCCGGGGAUCUGGAUGGGUCUGAUAACCAGCCUCCUCAUGCUGCUGGUGCUCACCUACGGGCUCCACAUGAUCAUGCAGCUCCACACUAUGGACCGCUUUGAUGACCCAAAGGGCCCCGCUAUCUCCGUGCCCCUCACAGAGUAACAACCCUGUUUAUUCUCCCUCCAUCUCUCCUCCUUUCUCUCAUUGCAAUGCUUCCACUCCGACCCGAUACAUUCCACUCCCUGUUCAUCUGUGGUUGGGCCUUAUACAGACUAGUGUUGUUGUCAGAGUAAGGGUUUAGAUACUUUAAAAUGUGCAUCCUGAUACUGAAGAAUCAUAUUUUCAGGUAGCCCCAGUUUGUGUGUCUCAGGUAUACAUUUGAGUCAUAGUGGGAAUCAUGUGUUAUCUAGAAGGAGCUUUAACAAUAAUUAAAUAUUUGUCUGGUGCAAGGACAGAUUGUUCAGUCCUUUCCUAAGUUGCAACUUCGGUUACCAAAUCAAACAAAGAUGGCAGGUGGAAAUGAUGCACCUUUCUACAAAAAGAGGCAAUAAUCAACAUUUCUAAAGAACAACGCAUCAACAAAAUUGUAAAAGGAAACCCUUAAAGAUCUCUUAUUGUGCAACAAACAGAUUGGUUGUUAUCCAGAUAUAAUGAGAUUUAGGGAUUUAGGGCUGCUCAAUUAAUCGUAUUUUAAUCGCAAUUACGAUUUUGGCUUGCAACGAUUACGAAAACAACGUAAUCGAAAUAAAACGAUAAUUUUUUUAUUAUUAUUAUUAUUUUUUUUUUUUUUUUUUUUAUUGGUUUUUCAGUUGAAUUAUACUUAAAGUUCAGGGUAAUCAACUGUUAAAAACAUACCGUUCAAUUUUUUUAUUUCAAUAAAUGGAUGUUUUCAAAGUAAAUGAAUAAUCGUUUUUAAUAAUCGUGAUAUCAAUUAUUGACCCAAAUAAUCGAGAUAAUGACUUUUGCCAUAAUCGAGCAGCCCUAGUUUGGAUGUAUUUAUUUUUCCAACGUAAUGUGAAUCCUUAAGAGACACAAACUGGAGCUAUCGUUUUCAGGUGGGUAAAUGUUCCACUAAAGGGAUACAAUUGUAGAUACAGGGGCAAAAAUAAAUUAUGAAAUGCUAUUUAUUGGUGAAACGUAUGUGUGUGUGUGUGUGUGUUUACAAUUGUGCUUGUGUCUGUUUGUAAGUUAAAUGAAGGAUUACACGUUCUGUAUGGAUGAUAGAUAAAUUAUAUCCAUUGCAUCUUUAACUCCAGUAUUCAAAGAGCAAAGGGACCAUUCAGAUAAUCUCUUAGGUAAGGAAAUGCAAAACAUGAAAUGGACUUCUUCAGUUACAGCAUUAAAAUGAAGACAUUUCCAGUUGUUUGUGAAUAAUAUUCAUGGUUGUCUUAUCCAAUCAUCAACUUAAGUUACUUAUAUCAUUUUUAAAACACUUGUUUUUCUGUAACAAUUAACAUGAACAUUAUAUUUAUUUCAAGUCAAGCUUUCCACAACUGAUGUGCACUGAAAUAUGCUCAAUGUGAAUUGAAUUUGUUUGUUUGUUAAUUUAUUUUGAUGAUUUGUAGUGAAUAUCAAUGAAUGUCGUGCUGCUGCUGUGGACCCAAUAAACCAUCUGUGGAAUGAA